AAGGACUUGGCACUGCCAGCCCACGACAUCGUGAAGACUCCAUCGUGGGACUUCAACAUCACAACGCGACCGAUUGGUCUUCCUUACUGAUCCAAUCCACCAUGGCGACCAAGCUCUGUCGAAGCAGGGCUUUGGCUUCAGCUCUACGACCUACCAAACCCUCUAUCGGCUCCCGCAACGACCAGAUAGUGCGCUGCAUCAGUGCCACAAGCCGCAACAAUGUCGCUAUGCCCGCUGAUGCGAAGAACAUGAGGCAUGCGCCUAGGAACCAUCCCAAGGAACUUAAGGCUCCCAUCGUCAACCCGGCCGACAAAUACCAAACUGCGGCUGAUAGCCUGCACCGCUACGGAUCAUGGCUCAUGGGAUGUAUGCCCAAGUACAUCCAGCAGUUUUCCGUGUGGAAGGAUGAGCUGGUCAUCUACAUCUGCCCCUCGGGCGUCAUCCCUGUCUUCUCGUUCUUGAAGUAUAACACGGCCGCCGAGUUCACCCAAGUCAGCACCAUCACAGCAGCCGAUUUCCCAACGCGAGACCAGCGAUUCGAAAUCGUCUACAACCUGCUCAGUGUGAGACACAACUCGCGUAUCCGAGUCAAGACAUACGCCGACGAGGCAUCGCCUGUACCAAGCAUCUGCAGUUUAUAUGACGGCGCCAACUGGUACGAGCGCGAGGUUUACGAUCUUUUCGGUGUUUUCUUUGUCGGACACCCCGAUUUGCGCAGAAUCAUGACCGACUACGGUUUCGAGGGCCACCCACUCCGAAAGGACUUCCCGUUGACUGGAUACACUGAGAUUCGGUACGAUGAGGAGAAGAAGCGCAUUGUCACAGAACCUCUGGAACUCACCCAAGCUUUCCGAAACUUUGAGGGAGGGUCCAGCAGCUGGGAACAAGUUGGCCCCGGUCAGGACCGGAAGCCCGACGCAUUCAAGUUGCCUACGCCAAAACCCGAGGAGAAGAAGGAGGAGCCAAAGAAGUAGACCUGAUGCUGCGAAGCCUGUACAUAAAUGUGACAAAAUCAGAGUUAACUCGUUUGCUUAAAAUAUUUCGUGCAUGCCAAUCUUCGAGCACGUCACUAGCCUCUGAUCUGCUCAAGUAGUUGGUCCUAC